AUGAACGUUGGCGGGGAAAAUAAAAGUGGACUGAAACUGUCGAGCUGCACAGACAAAUUCAGCUUCAUUUGUGAAGCCAUUGAAACUACCUGUGCAGUGGACACGACUACAACUAAAAACAGAAGCUUGUUUAAUUUGGAGGGCAAAUUGAUUGAUUCCAGUUCUUACGGCUCCUGGGCGAACACGUUGUUUGCAACUUUUCUUUUUGGGCGAGAGCUGGUUACUUGGAAAGAAAGUUGGACAAAAUGUGCAAGUUUAGGAAUGAGUCCGAUGAUUUUGAACGGCUCUGCUGAAUAUGAAAGCUUCAUCCAGACUAUUAUUAAAAGGACCAGUAACUCCAAAACCGUGUCAGCGAGAAUCGUGCCCUAUUGA